AUGGACCCUGAAAAAAUUAGGGCCAUCCUAAAUUGGGAAUGCCCUCGUACCCGAUGGCAACUGCAAAGUUUUCUGGGGUUCAGCAACUAUUACCACCAGUUCAUCCAGGGAUUCGCCGAAAUUGCCUUGCCCCUCACCGACCUGCUGCGCACCAAGGGGUUGGGGAAAACACGCAAAGUGAAAAACCCUGGGGCAGUUUUAAAUUGGACACCAGAAUACCAGGCUGCCUUCGAGAAAUUAAAGACUUUCUUUACCACAGAGCCUAUUUUGAGGCACUCUGAUCCUGAAUGCCCCUUCGUUGUACAGAGUACCGGACAGACCCCUUUCCGAGUUGUUUUCGGCCAGGACUUUGUUCCCAUCCCUGAAUUGCCACAGCCCCCCUCUACAUCCUGCUCGGCUUAUGAGUGGGCUGCUCAGCUUGCUGAUUUCUGGCCGGUAAUUAGCUACUUUGGAGCCAUGGAGGGUGGCACUACCACUCAAAAGUCUGAGCACAGCAACGAUACACCCAGCUUGUCUUCUUCACAGUCAUCUUCCUACGUACCUGUCAAACUAGAAGAAUACGAGACACCAGGCUUCAGCAUCAAAAAGCUUCUCACAAAAGCCAAAGAGAACUGCAACUGCAACCGGCAGAGUGUCCUCACCUUCUUCCUUCAGCUGUUCCCAGUAGUUGAGUGGAUUCCUCAUUACAAGAUCAAGGAACAACUGCUGGGGGACAUCAUCUCAGGCCUGUUGGUAGGAGUUGUUGCCAUCCCACAAUCAAUCUCUUAUGCCCUCCUUGCAAGCCAGGAUCCCAUUUAUGGGAUCUACACCAACUUCUUCUGUGCCAUUAUUUAUUUUGCCAUGGCUACCUCACGCCAUAAUUGUGUCGGCUCUUUUGGGGUCCUGUGCCUGAUGAUUGGGGAGUCAGUAAACCAGCAGCUUAGGCUAGCGGGAUACGAAUUGGACUCUGACAUGGAUCUUUUGGUCAAUGCCACGAUGGAUGGGACAAAGGCCUGUAACAAAGGUUGUUAUGCAAUCACAGUGGCAACCACUCUAACUUUUUUGGUUGGGCUUUAUCAGAUCCUUCUAGGGGUCCUCCAGUUGGGCUUCAUCUCAGUAUAUCUUUCAGAGCCUCUUCUGAGUGGGUUUGUGACAGGGUCCUCCCUUACCAUUCUCACUUCCCAAAUGAACCUUCUGUUGGGACUGAAGAUCCCUCGGCAUGAUGGAAUGGGCUCCCUUGUUUUAACGUGGAUUGACAUCUUCAGAUAUAUUGGCAAGACCAACAUCUGUGAUUUGGUAACCAGCCUUGUGGCUUUAGUUCUGAUUGUGCCAGUAAAGGAAAUCAACAAUUUAUUUAAGGACAAAAUGAAGGCUCCAUUUCCCAUAGAACUUCUGGUGGUCAUUGCAGCUACACUGCUGUCACAUUUCCUUAACUUCAAUGAAAGAUACAAGUCUAAAAUUUGUGGUACAAUUCCCACUGGUUUCAAACAACCUGCUAUCCCAGAUCUGAGCCUUGUGUCAAAUCUGGCAGUUGAUGCUCUACCCAUUGCCAUAAUUGGUUUUGCUAUGACUGUCUCACUGUCAGAAACAUUUGGCAAGAAGCAUGGUUAUCCUGUCCGGCCCAACCAAGAGAUGAUUGCCCUUGGGAUGGGAAAUCUGAUCCCAUCUUUCUUCUAUUGCUUUGCUACCUGUGCAGCCUUGUCAAAGACUUUGCUGAAAGAAUCAACUGGAUGUCAUACUCAAAUAUCAAGCUUGGUAUCUUCAGCUGUGUUGAUCCUGGUAUUGUUGUGGGUUGCCCCUCUUUUCUAUUCACUGCAAACUUGCAUCUUGGGUGUGGUUACAAUUGUUAAUCUCAGGGGAGGAUUGCAGAAAUUUGCUGAUAUACCCAAGAUGUGGCGGAUCAGCAAAAUGGACACUAUAGUCUGGUGGGUAACCAUGUUGUCCUCAUCACUGAUCUCCACAGAACUGGGCCUUCUGACAGGAGUCUGCUUUGCCCUGCUCUGCAUCAUCUUACGCACCCAGUGGCCCCGAGCCACCCUUCUAGGUAAGGUGAAAGACUCAGAAAUCUAUGAGGAUCAGUUUACCUACAAGAGGAUCAGUAGCAUUGCAAAUAUCAAGAUCUUCCGCUUUGAUACCUCUCUUUACUAUGCAAACAAGAACUACUUCAAAAGUUCACUUUUCCAGAAAACAGGGGUGAAUCCUUCCCUAGUUGCUGCUAUACAACAAAAAGCUCAAGCUAAAGCAAACCUAAGCAAAAAUGAAAUUUGUUUUUCUUCCUGGUUGAACUGCCUAAGGGGAACCAAGACCCCAAAGGCUUCAGCAGAUGGUCCUGGUACCUCCGUAGAUAUGCAUACCUUGAUCAUUGACUGUGGAGCCAUGCAGUUUAUAGAUAGUGUAGGCCUUAAUGUGCUGAAGGAGACUCGGCAGGAUUACAAGAAGAUUGGUAUCCAGGUCCUGCUGGCCAAUUGUAACCCCUCCAUACGGCGUUUGCUCCAGGCAGGAGGUUGGCUCUCUGGGAUGCAAGAGCUGCUCUCAUUCCACAGCAUACAUGCUGCUGUGCAGUUUGCGGAGAAACAGGAUCAAGCUCAACAGACAGAGAGCACGGUGUCAAAAGAUGUCCUCAGCCCAGAAGCCGAGGAUGUCCCAAUAGCCUUGAGUCUGGAAGGACCUCUCUAGGCCUGCAUUGAAGCAGGGUGUGUGCUUUUGAGGAACUAGUUCAAUAAUUAUUUUAACAAGAAGAAAGGACUGGCUGCCAAUAACCCAAGAUAAUAUGCAUUUCAGUUGUGGCAAG